AUGCACGGCGAGGACGUGGGGCUGCUGCGCCCCGGCGGGGAGGCGCAAGCGGACUACGCCACCGUCGCGCUGCGACGCGACAGCCUCAGCCCGACACCGGACGAGCGCGCCGCCAUUGAAAAUGUGAUCAGCACCACCGAAGAGCGGCGGCGACGCGAGGCGAAAGUUUUGUACGGCGCCCUCGUCUUCUGCUGCGUGUUCAUGUUGCUGGAGUUCGGCUCCGGCAUCUUCGCCCACUCCCUGGCCCUCCUGACGGACGCCGCGCAUCUGCUGAUCGAUGUGGGGGCGUACGGGCUGAGCAUCAUGAGCCUCAAGGCGGCCUCCAAGGCCUCGUGCGGAAAGUACAGCUACGGCUGGCACCGCGCGGAGGUGAUCGGGACGCUCGUCUCCGUCUUCUCCAUCUGGGCGCUGGUGGUGUGGAUCAUGAUCGAGGGCGUGUCACGCAUGUGGAACGUCGUGGCGUGCAGCCGCGUCCCGGCGACGUUGGCUGCGAUGUCGCGGCGGCGGGCGGUCUCGGGCACGGCGGCCGCGGGCACCGCCGCGACGGCGUCGGAGCUGAUGUGCGAGGAGAUCAACUCGGAGGUCAUGCUCGUCGUGGGCGUGCUGGGCAUGGUCGUGAACGUGGUGUGCGCCGCCAUUCUCUACUUUGGCGGCUCGCACGGGCACAGCCACUUCGGCGGCUCGCACGGCCACAGCCACGGGGAGGUGGCGAGCAGCGAGGAGGAAGGGGCGGUGGUAAACGUCUCCAGCCACACGCACGAACACCAUGCGGAGCACGAGCACACGCACGAACACGAACACGAACACGAGCACGAGCACGAGCACGAGCACGAGCACGGUCAUGGUGGCAAGAAAGGCAAGAAGGGGUUCGCCGUCCACGCGGCGUUGCUUCACGCACUGGGCGACUGUGUGCAGUCGCUUGGGGUAAUCCUCGCGGGGACCUUCAUUUACUUUACCAACAAGCACGCCUUUGGGGCCCCGUCCUACAAGUAUUCGCUCUACAACCUUGCGGACCCGCUCUGCUCGUUGUUCUUUGCCGUCGUCACGCUUAACAUGACGAAGCCGCUGCUCGGGGACCUCUUCGGCAUCCUCAUGGAGAGCACCCCGCCGGGGAUCGACUACCUCGCCCUCAAGAAGGCCCUACUGAGCAUUGAAGGCGUGGCCAGCGUGCACGACCUGCACGUCUGGUCUCUCUCCUCCGACUACGUCGCCCUCUCCGUCCACCUCGUCGCCGACGACGCGGCGACGGCGCUGCGCAAGGCGCAGUACGUGUGCGAGAGCCUCUUUGGCAUCGACCACACGACAAUCCAGGUGGACACGGUGGCGAAUGGGGCCAACCUCUGCCAGGCGUCGUGCGCGAGCCAGUCAAGCAAAGCAGAGAAGUAG